CCCCAACACAACCACAACGAUGACAGCUGCCAGUGUGCCACAGCUCCCCUUGACUCAUCCUCCAGCGCUGGAUGCUCAACAUACUAAUACACGGCAAAGGAACCAGCUUAUCUCAAAAGAAGACAAUUUAGCACAAUGAUAUUGAAGCGUCUUUUAGUUGCUGUGCUUUGGGGCGCCUCAGCGAGUGCAUUUUCCCCGGCUACUAGUCGAACGAGUGCUGCUCGAAUUGAGGUUCGUUCGAGGACACAGACGUCGUCAUUGUCAUCGUCUCCCAAUAAAGAUGAUGGAUUGGGUGAAAGGUUUGGCGGUUUCACUGUGAAACAACGGCUUCGAGAAGAAGUGGAAUCUCCCUUUCGCAAGGUUCGAUUUGUCUUCUUCCUGUCCACCGUGGGAUCCGCCUUGACGGCUCUCUACUUUUCUGGCAUGAGCACCGUCAAGGCUCUGGUGGGAGGAUAUUCGGACGCCCCACCGUUGGAACAAGCAUUACAGUCAGAUGCCAUCAAUCUGACAGGUGCCAUUGUAUGCGGCUUUUUGGCUCUACGAGAGUACAAUGUGGGUCAAGCCAAUUUGCAACGCAUUGCCAAGGGCGGCCAAUUGGCGAGAUUGGUUGUGGAACCAGUGGGUCAGAAACGACAAGUCCUUUCGGAUUAUCGACGUGCGGCUCGAGUAUUGAUUGCUGCCGGAGGAGCCGACUACAUUUCCGAAUUGGCACGAUCGUUAAAUGCCGAUCAACGAGCCGAUCCCAAUACCAUUGCCGCGCAGCUGGAAAACUCUGAAGUCAUUGUAAUCCCAGUCUUGCUCAAGCAGCAAGGCAAUGACAAAAAAAUUGCGGUGGAUAACACUCGCGAAUACUGGUUGGAUGUGGAAAGUCGUGGUGACGAGGUUGAUCGCAAUUUUGAUAUCACACGUGCGGAUUCGGUUGUGGCCUUUCCACGAGGAAACAAUGCUUGGACCGACUAUUUGGAGUCGGAGAUUGAAACAGCCAGCGGACAAGGCUUUGAUGUCCUGGAAAAGGGGUUCACCAUUACCGUCAAGAAAAAUGGUCGCAUCCUGCGACGCGCCACUGGGCAACCACCAUGGAGUGACUUUUUGGGCGCCAUGGAGGUCUUGGACGGCUCAAAGUUUGGAAUGCCAGGUGAUUCCGAACGCUAUGGCGGACCCUGAAUAGCAUGCUACCUAUCUUUUGACAAACAAUGAAUGUACAUAGAAGAAGAUGCACGCAGAGCAGGUCCAAAAGGCGCGCAUGGAUUCUGUCCUAAUAGAUGCGAGGAUACGAGAAAGAAUUAAGCAAAGCAGCAGCACGAUAAGACUAAUGUACAUAACCGUUGCUGUUUACAGAUACUAUCUCGUGGCCAGUUGGUGGGUGGACUCCAAGUGAGGCACUCGAAGCGAUCCAGCAAUCUAUC